UGUUCCGUUUUCAAGCGAGAUCAACGUCGUGCUCGUUCGUUCGUGGUCGUGGUUGAGUGAGUGAGUGAGUGUGAGCGAGAGAGAGAGUUACCUGAUAGUUGGUACGAAAUGUCAACAACAAGCGCAAUUAACGGAAAUCACUACGAACAAUUGCAUCAAGGACGCACCAGCAUGUACAAGUCUAAAGUGGAUGUCGUCCUGGGAGCCCAAUGGGGCGAUGAAGGCAAAGGCAAGGUCGUGGACAUGCUUGCCUCCGAGGUGGACAUUGUUUGCAGGUGUCAGGGCGGUAAUAAUGCUGGACACACUGUGGUUGCCAACGGCACCGAAUUCGACUUUCAUCUGCUGCCCAGCGGUGUCGUGAACGAGAAAUGCAUUUCGGUCAUCGGCAACGGCGUUGUCAUCCAUCUGCCUUCGCUGUUCGAUGAGGUGCUGAAGAAUGAGGCUAAGGGAUUGCAGCAUCUUGAGAAUCGCCUGAUCAUCUCGGAUCGUGCGCAUCUCGUGUUCGAUUUCCAUCAGCAUGUCGAUGGCAUGCAGGAGGCGGAGAAGGGUGGCAAGUCGCUGGGCACCACCAAGAAGGGUAUUGGUCCGGCCUACUCCAGCAAGGCUACCCGCAAUGGCAUUCGUGUGGGCGAACUCCUCGGUGACUUUAACUUGUUCAGCGAGAAAUUCAAAUCGAUUGUGAACACGCAUUUGCGACUGUUCCCAUCAAUUAAGGUGGACGUCGAUGCCGAGCUGGCACGCUACAAGGACUACGCGGAGAAGGUGCGCCCCUAUGUCAAGGACACAAUUUGCUUCCUGCACACAGCGCUGCGCAACGGCAAAACUAUUCUGGUGGAGGGCGCCAAUGCAGCUAUGUUAGACAUUGACUUUGGCACGUAUCCCUAUGUGACGAGCAGCAAUUGCAGCAUUGGUGGUGUUCUCACCGGUCUCGGUCUGCCGCCGCAGACAAUUGGCGAAGUUAUUGGCGUUGUCAAGGCUUACACGACGCGAGUCGGCGAUGGACCUUUCCCCACGGAGCAGCUUAAUGAAGUUGGAGAGCUGCUGCAGACCCGAGGCUUUGAGGUUGGCGUUACCACGAAGCGCAAGCGUCGCUGUGGCUGGCUGGAUAUUCCUCUGCUCAAGUAUACAUCGCUGGUCAACGGCUACACAUGUAUUUGCAUAACGAAGCUGGACAUUCUCGACACCUUUGAAGAGAUCAAAGUGGGCAUCAACUACAAACGCAGCAACGGCGAGAAGCUUGAUCAUUUCCCCGGCACCAUUAGCGAGCUGGGUGCCAUCGAAGUGGAAUAUGCCGUACUGCCCGGCUGGAAAACGUCCACGGAGCACAUACGCAACUUCAAGGAGUUGCCGGAGAAUGCACAAAACUACGUUCGCUUCUUGGAGAGCCAUUUAAGCGUCCCUGUGCGCUGGGUGGGCGUCGGCAAAGGCCGUGAAUCUAUAAUUAAUGUACAUUAGUUAGCCAUACAUACAUAUUUACAUACACACAUACUAUAAAUAUGCGUAUAGAUGAGACAGAGACGCUUUAAUAUCCAUUUAUAACCCCCAUUAACCAGAGAUGCAUGCACACGUUUGUGCAGCCACUGGGCUUUUAACUAUCCUAACUACAGACUUAACCAUAAAGUAAUAUUCCGAUAUUCUAUGAUGAUGUAUGUAUCUACAACACAACAAUUUGGACACAAACUUUUAGCCUAUUGCUUCAUUAAGUUUAAUUUUAUAGUUUGAUGGUCUACCAUAUUAUGAUUUUCACUUUUUUGGUUGUCGUUUUAUAACAGAAACUGCACAGACCUACACUUUUUUUUGGAUUGUUGAGACGUACUUAGUUUUGUAAGAUCGUCAAGUGCAGUUCUUAAUUUUUGAUAUGAAAGAGAGAAACCGAUAUUCUUUAUAUAUUGUACAAUAACUAAUUAACGUUGUUUUAAUAUUUAAAUACAACAUUGUGCUUUGACAUGUA